ACGUGAAGAUAGAAGAAUACCAAUUCACCAAACACUAAAAAUAGCUAUAAAAAAAAACGCAAUUGAAAGAAAAUGUUUGACAAGUGUAAUUUACACCGAAAGCCGGAAGCAUGAACACUAAAUUCUUGAUUAUAAUUGUAAUUAUAGUAACUGUGAUGGUUAUAAUCAAUCAAUGAUACCCACAUCAUCGAUCAUUUGAAAUAUUUCCUUCAUUUCACCGGACUCUGUAUCUCUCUCUCUCUAAUCUCAACCAAAAACAAAGGGCGGAGAGAUCUCUCUGUGUCGCUCCAGUCUAGCAAUGAGCAAAGGACCUGUACUCUUCGCCGAUAUCGGCAAGAAAGCCAAAGAUCUGUUGACCAAGGAUUACAAUUCUGAUCAGAGGCUUAGCGUCUCUACUUUCAGCGAUGCUGGAGUGGCCCUCACAUCAUCAGCUGUGAAGAAAGGAGGGCUAUCAACUGGGGAUGUUGCUGCGCUCUACAUGUACAAGAACACUAUAUUUGAUGUUAAAAUUGACACAGAAUCCAAUAUAUCAACAACCUUGACAUUCACCGACUUCCUUCCGUCAACUAAGACCAUUGCUUCCAUCAAAUUUCCUGACUAUAACUCUGGCAAGUUGGAGGUUCAAUAUUUUCAUGAUCGUGCAAGUUUCACCACAGCUGUUGCUUUGAAUCAAUCUCCAGCAAUUGAUGUUACAGCCACCAUUGGUUCCCCAACAAUUGCUUUUGGUGCAGAGGCAGGCUAUGAUACUACUUUGGGUAGUUUCACAAAGUACACUGCUGGCAUUAGUGUGACCAAACCUGAUUCUUAUGCUUCGAUGAUCUUAGGUGAUAAGGGAGAUUCUUUACGAGCAUCAUACGUGCAUCAUCUGGAUCUGCUGAAAAAGAGUGCUGUUGCUGGAGAGAUCACUAGAAGGUUUUCCACUAAUGAGAAUACUCUUACUAUUGGAGGGUCAUUUGCCGUUGAUCACCUGACAGUGGUGAAAGCCAAGCUCAACAACCACGGGAAACUUGGGGCAUUGGUGCAACAUGAGGUCAUACCGAAGUCAGUGCUGACAAUCUCUAGUGAGGUUGAUACCAAGGCCUUGGAUAAAAGUCCCAGGUUUGGGCUGGCAAUUGCUCUGAAGCCCUAAAGGUUCUCUGCCUGUUGUCUAAUCCAACUGUCAUUUCUUAUAUUUUUUUCUGGACGGCACUUGGAAAGGAGUGUUAAUAAGUAGCUCCGCACAAACAUAUUUCUAGGAAUAUGAUGGCUGAUGGAUGGAUUGAUUUGAUGUUUAGUUCCUUUAUUUGUAGGUUUUGGAGGCAUUUGUAGUCUGCUUUCUUCCGCAGAGAACUUUAAUUUUGGAUUGAUGGGGGUUUUUGCUAAUUGGAUUUAUGAUCCGUUUCUCAUAAUUCAGUGGAGGCUGUUCUCUAA